AUGUCGAUUAAUAUCGAACAACUCAAGCUUGCAGAUCAGUGGGCUGGUCUGUAUAUCUACCCCGAGAACCAUCCCAGCGGACGGAGAACGGAUGGAGAAUCGGAUUUCACUAUAAAUACCGAACCAGAGGCCGACAAGAUCAAUAUUCAUGGUAGCGGCCGCGAUAAAGUUGGUGACUUCACUUUCAGUGGACACAUUGACAGAAAUACAACUGUGUAUUUCAAGAAAGAUUACGGCACCCACUGGUGGCACUAUACUGGCUCUAUUGAUGCGGAGACAAAUAUGAUGUACGGCAAAUGGGGCGUUGGCCAGGAAGGAGGAGGAGGGUAUUUUGCCUUCCACCUGGUGAAUGAGAAUGACGAAGCUGGGGAUGUUUCUGCCGAGGACCAGCUAGAGAAUACUAAGGGCGCUUGGUCGGGAUUCUAUACCUCGGCUGAGUCAGGUACUAGCCGGAGAUGUAACUUCGAAUUGGAUGGUCAAGUAGGAGGGAAUGGUGAUCUGCUCGCAGUCAAAGGCAAUGGAACUGGACCGACAGGGCCAUAUAGACUCACUGGUGUGGUGUCUAAGUCAGGCCAAGUGGUCUUUGCCAAGGUAUAUGAAAAACAUACAUAUCUUUAUCGAGGAACAUUAACAGCGGAUGGUUCCAUGAAGGGCCAGUGGGCUGGAAAGGGGAGCUCUGGUACAUUCUAUUUCGAACGCUCUUAGCCAUUAACACUAUUGAGUCUCUAGUUGAAAUCAACACUAUUCACC